AUGAAAUUCCUCAGCCCUAUCACCGCCCUCACUCUCCUCGCCUCCGUGGCAUCCACCUCUCCCACCCCCGCCAACCUCAUCCCCCGCGCCUGCACCACCAUCGCCCCAACAGCCAUCGACGUCCUCGACAGCGCCAACCCUAACACCCCAAGCACCGGACAACAGUUCUCCCUGGCCCGAACAGCCACUACAAACACCAAGAUCUCCGCCCUCACCUUCACCGGCAUCCCCAACGGCGCCACGGGCUGCAUGCUCGCGAUCGACAUCCCCGCACUCGCGCAGCCUAUCGCCACGGGCUCCAGCCAAGCUGACAUCUGGACGACCAACCCUUGGGACUUGACUUCCGCCCCUACGUGGAACAAUCAGCCUACUAGGCGCGAGAUGGUGUCGACUUUCCAGUUCCCAACUUCGCCAACUACAUCUCCGUUCCACACGAUCCUUGCGUCGAAUACGUGCUCCAACACGAUGAGCUUCUUGGCCUUGCUGUCGACGUGGCAGACUACUGCUGGGAGUGUGGAUUUCCCGAACUCUAUUGGAGGAAGUCAGCCGAUUGGGUUUAGUUUGGUUUAUAAUUGUUAG